AUGCACGGGCCUCGGCAGCUGACGGUGGUGGACAUCAAGUCGAAGCAGUUGACGGUGCGCUGGGAGCCGUUCGGAUAUAACGUGACGCGCUGCUACAGCUAUAACCUGACCGUGCAGUACCGCUACAGCAGUAACGGGAAGGAGGAUCGGCGAGAGGAGCAGUGUUUCGACCUGCACAGCCCCGCACCGCAGCACACCAUCCGAAACCUGCCGCCUUUCACCAACGUCAGCAUACGACUGGUGCUGCGGAACAGAGAGGGCGACAAGGACAGCCCGGAGCUCCAGGUGCUCACAGACGAGGACGAUCUUGUCCUCUGCAACUCUAUGGGCAGUCCAGAGUUUAUUCAGGAGCUUCUUCCGGCUGCGGAGCGAACGGCUCUUCUCUAUCACCUGUCUUAUCUGUGUUUGGGUGGAUUUCCAAAACUGGAGCGUCUGCUCAGAGAAAGAGCUCUGGAAACACAACUGCUGUUUGGAUCCUCUGAGGCCGUUCUGUUCAAGUGUGUGGGAACCAGCAACAACCUGGUUAAAUCUCUGCUGCCCAGUCUGAAAGUGGCCGCAGAGAAGAACAAACCCCAGUUAGCUCGCAAACUCCUGGAGAAGGCAAAAGAUUGGAUCAGUGACAUCAUAAAGGACGUCAAAGAUAUCGUGAAGAGGUAUGACAAGCACAACAGUGAUGUCGCCAAAUCCACCAGUGACAUCAUCACAGUGAAGGACGAGACUGAGAAAAACCAUCAGCAACAAACCUGCGAGAUGGAGGCCCUUCAGAAAACUGUGGACACCCUGGAAGCCAACCUUCAGAAACUAAACAAGGAGAUCGAAGCCUCUGAGAAACAGAUUGAAGCAAAAAAUGCAGAAAUUCAAGCGUUCAUUAAUAAAAUCACUAGCAAAAAGGAAGAGCCAACAGUGCAGACGACUUCUGCAAUGCCUGCAGCAGCAGCAAUUGCACCAAGUGUCGCUAUAUUUUCAAUGAUAGUGCCGUUUGUAGAACAUAUUAUGGAUUACAUUUGCAAAAUGGUGACGGCCUCUUCAUAUCAGGCUACGAUCAAAACUCUUCAAGGAGGACUGUCUGAGCUCACAGACGCUCAUCGCCAUCUGCAAGAUCAGGAGUGGAGCAUCCAGAACAAGCUGAUGGACCAACAGCUGAAGCUGGCCAAAAUAAAAAUUGAAAACGGUCAGCUGCCCAGUGUAAGUCACCUGGAUGAGGUCCAGAAGUGCCUGUCCAGAAUCCAGCAGAUCCUGGUCCAGCUCCAGAAGUUCUGGGAGAAGGUUGGCGCUCUUCUGGACACCCUGAAGGACAGGACCUUUGCUGGGGAAGACCAUAUUGAAUUCCUGGAGGACAUGAAGGAGGUGUUCCUGGACUCUGUGGAUGCAGCCAAACAGGGCUGGACUAAUUUUGGCAACAGCUGCAUGAAGGCGAACAGCAUCUUCAGUGUUCAGGCGAAUGACGCCUACAAGUUCCUGGAGGUCAACCCUUCAUCUCUGUCCAAAGAAGACUGGGAGAAAGAGUACAACCUCAUCAAGGACAAGCUGGAGAACAUAAAACCGAAUGUUCCAAGUCAAAAUGCCAUCACACACUGA